GGGCUCGAGACUUUCCACACGGGAAGCGUGCUAUCCGCGCAUCCCGGUUCUCAUGAUCGCAGCUGAGUGAACAUAAGAGAGCCUACUCGAUAAACCCGGGAAAAUCGCUUUCUAAGGUCCCAUCAUGCCCUUCAUGUACGGACCGCAGCCUGUAAGGCGUACCGUGAAGUUUCUGGAGCAGGGCAGGCUCAUAUUCCUUGAACGAGUGAGAAUCAUGUCGUUGAAUUUCAACACCAUGGGUUUACGCCGGGAGGCUCACAAGGGAAUGGAGGAUUUCGUGUUUUGGGAUCUACCACGCAUCAUAUACAAGAACCCCGAGGUUCAGGUGACAUUAUUCAAGAAUAUGACCCCGUCACCGUUCAUACGAUUUUGGCUCGACGGCGGAAGACAGGUCAUCAUGGACACAGACAGCAAAACUAACACAGAGAUCUUGAACCAAAUUAUCAAGACUCUCGGCAAGACCGAGGAGAAACUGGCCCAGGAAGCUUUUAUGCGUGAGCAGAAGGAAACUCAGGCCAAUUUCGGGCGAAAUUUCCCCAAGUGGUGCAUCUGCGAGGUAGAAAGUCAAGUUCCGUGUCCGCGAAUCGUCGAAUUGCCGAAGAAAAUGAGAGGGAAGUAUAUCGUGCAAGAGAUAGCCUCCAAGGAAUGAUCGCGCCGAAGCAGAGCCAUGGGAAGAUUCUAGAAGGUGUAAAUAAACUUUCCUCAUCCGGAGCCUGCUCUCCUGAGAACUUU